AUGUUUUCUUAAAGAUUUCCGGCACUUGAUCAAAGCACUCCGAAAAUAUUAUCUAAAACAACAUUUAAGUUUGACAUUAGAUCGUAUAAGACUUCAGAAGAUGUGGGUGUGAAAUAAUAAGGAUAAAGCGUUUAAACCAAGAGACAAAAAACUUAGCCUAGUUUUAAAUAGAUGCCGGUUUUUAAGAAACUAGUCUAAAAGAAAUUGUUUAAUUCAUUGGUGAAUCCAAUUUAGCAAUUUGAAAUACCUUGUAAUUGGGAACAAAAGUAUCAUGAAAAAGUAUAUGAUUAAUUGUAUAAACUCAGGAGAGAGAAUGUUAGGAAUUACAAGAGAAAAAUCAAGAGCAAUAGAAGAUGAUGGAACAACUUGAAAGAAAAUUCUUAUCACUAAAAUUGGCAUAUGAAAGUCUCCAGGAGGAUAAAUAGGAAAAUGAUGUUUUGACCAUUAAAAAGUAGAUGAAUUCAUUAGAAACAGAGUUGAAGGAGCAAUUGCAUAGGGCAGAACAUUAAUUAUGGAGAACCCAAGAGCAGAAUAGCUCGAUUUAGGACAAGUUUAAGUAGUUUGAAUUGAAGGCGAAGCUAUUGUAAUAAUAAACAGUAAGAGAGAAUUAACAUUUAGAUUCAUCUUCAUCAAGCGUUGCUCUGUAAAUAUUGUGGGAAAUUUGUAAGUGAUGCAGUCACCAUAAUUCCGUGUGCUCAUACGUAUUGUGGCACUUGCAACAAAGGAUAUCAGAAGAGGUGUUUUCUGUGUGGCGACGAAGUAUUUAUUAUCAAUAUACUUUUCUAAAGGGCAAAAUUGAAGCCACCUAUUACAAUUAGUUUAUGAGUGAAAUAGUUAAAAUGUAUGGUACUUUCUAAACAAUAGUUCAAAUUUUUUUAGGAUGA